ACAUUCUUAUCUGCUAUAAAUAGGUAACCAAUGAAUCCUCCAAUAUGCACCACCAGUACCACACCAUCAACAAAAAUGAUGCCUCUAAGCUCAUUAUUUCCUGUUCUUGUAAUUGCUCUUGUAUCUUCAUUUACAUCUUCAGCAGUUAACACUAAUUAUGAAAACUUCAUUCAAUGUCUUUACAGUUAUUCCCACAACUCCUCUUCAAUCUCUAAGGUUGUGUACACCAAAACCAACGCCUCGUACUCAUCCAUACUUCACUUUUCCAUUCAAAACCUCAGAUUCUCAUCCAACACAACUCCAAAACCCCUUGUCAUUGUCACACCUACGGAAGUUUCCCACAUUCAAGCUGCAAUAAUCUGUUCCCAACGCCAUGGCUUGCAAAUUCGAACCAGAAGUGGUGGCCAUGACUUUGAGGGUCUCUCCUAUGUUGCUGAAGCUCCAUUUGUAGUCAUUGACCUCAUAAACUAUAGAAGGAUUGAUGUAGAUGUAAACAAAAGGGUUGCUUGGGUUCAAUCCGGGGCCACUGUUGGUGAACUUUACUAUAGCAUUAGUGAGAAAAGCAAAACUCUAGGGUUUCCAGCGGGUGUCUUCACCACUGUAGGAGUUGGAGGGCAAUUUGGUGGCGGCGGCUAUGGAUUCUUGCUGCGUAAACAUGGCCUCGCAGCCGAUAAUAUAGUCGAUGCUUACAUAGUUGAUGCGAAAGGUAGGCUUCUUGAUAGAGAAGCCAUGAGUGAGGAUUUGUUUUGGGCUAUUAGAGGGGGUGGAGGAGCAAGCUUUGGGGUCAUCGUGGCAUGGAAGGUAAAACUAGUUCCAGUUCCACCGACUGUGACAGUGUUCAGAGUUGCAAGAACAUUGGAACAAAACGCAACCAAGCUUAUUCAUAAGUGGCAACUAGUGGCAAGUAAACUUGAUGGGGACAUAGCCAUCAAUAUUUUAGUGCACAGGGUGAAUUCAAGUAGAAAAGGGGAGUUCACAAUAGAAGCUUUAUUUCAAAGCUUGUAUCUUGGAGGUUUGGAUAAGCUAAUGCACUUGAUGCAAGAGAAUUUUCCAGAACUAGGGUUGAAGAGAGAAGACUGUGCUGAGAUGACAUGGAUUGACUCAGUCCUUUAUUUUGUGGGGUAUCAAAGCCGUGAAGCUUUGUUGAACAGAAGCCAAACUACAACGGAUUCAUUCAAGGCAAAAUCUGAUUUUGUGAGGAACCCUAUUCCUGAAGCUGGCUUAGAAGGGUUGUGGCAAAUGCUUUAUGAAGACGGUGCACAAGGUGCACUGUUGGUGCUCUUUCCUUUUGGGGCAAUAAUGGAUACGAUUCCAGAGUCCGAAAUUCCAUUCCCCCACAGAUCUGGAAACUUGUACUUGGUUCAGUACACGGUGCAUUGGCUAGAAGAAGAGGAUGAGAUAGCACAAAAGCACAUAAGUUGGGUUAGGAGACUUUACACUUAUAUGGAGCCUUUUGUUUCAAAGUCUCCAAGGGCUGCAUAUGUCAAUUAUAGAGACCUUGACAUUGGGGUAAAUAAUAACAUUGGCUACACAAGUUAUAAGCAAGCCAGCAUUUGGGGUUCUAAGUAUUUUAAGAACAACUUCAAUAGAUUGGCACAUGUGAAAACUAAGGUUGACCCUCUUAAUUUCUUCAGGUAUGAACAGAGCAUACCUUCUCUUCUGCCUGAGGGACGCAAAUAGAAAUCCUAGGGUAGCAUUCAGCAGUUCAAAGUUUUAAUAAAACGUAGCAAGCUAUUUGGCUGCCUAGCUAAUAAGUUGAAUUAUCAUAUUUGUCCUUUUCAGCAGCUCCAUAUAUAUGUUUUAUGACUUGAAUAUGAUUUUUGUUAUUAUCAAUAAAAUAAGUUGCCUCUUAUUAUUUUAGCGUAAA